AUGGUAGAAAAAGAUGAUGACCCAAGUCACUUUCUUAAGGAGCAGCUGCUGCCUAAACAAGAAUAAAGUAUAUUUCAUAAUUUGAUAAAGAACUUUUAAUUACUUGCUAUUUUAGACUACAAUUUUUCUGCACUAAACUAAAACUCACUGCUAGUGUUUGGUUAGUCAACGAACCCAUAAGAUUAAAAUCAGGCUCUUAAGUCUCCAUAAUUUAGACAAUCUGACUAAACUAAUUAUGAAUAAGUAGGUGACCAGUUUACUUAACAAAAAGGUGUAUCCCGCAAAAAAUUAUCUGAUUAGUAUAAAACUAACCCAGGAGCUCCUUAAUAAAAGAGAAGAGAUCUUUAGAAUGUAAUUGAUCCUCAUAAUUUUGAUUCUCAAAAUUCUGAUAUGCAAUUUGAAUCUAAGAACAUAAAUCGUAAUUUGGUCGUAGAAGACAUUAACUAAGAUGUUUAUCAAACGAAUAAAGGUUCAGGGAAUAAAGAGACUCUCAUAAGAUUUGAGGACUUGAAUGAGAGCCAACAUAGUUUCUCAGAUGAGGAAAGAUAUCUUUUUAAGUUAGUGACAAAUAACAAGCAUGAGUAAUUAAACGAGUUUUUAAAAGAUAAUCCAGCAAUUAAUAUAACUAAACUAUUCGAUGGAUAAGGUUAUACCCUACUACAUUUGGCGACCUACAAAGAUUCUCUAAAAUCAGUAAAAAUCUUGUGUGACCAUAUACUUAAUCAUUCUUUAAUUCCUAACAGAGAUGAUCGUAAAAAACUAUUAUAAGGAUGGAUUGGUCUUCAGACUUAAAGUGAGGAGGGUUUCACUGCUCUGCAUUUCGCUUCCUAUUAUGGAAAUAUGCCAUUAAUUAGAUUUUUAAUCGAUAACGGAGCAAGUGACCAAGCUGUCAAUAAGCAUAGAAUUAACAUGCUUCAUGUUUCAGCUUAAGGAGAUCAACCUGCAGCUUUAGCUUUUUACAAGAUCAAAGGUAUUGAUAUUGAUAGUAGGGAUAGUAAAUAUAGCACACCUCUACAUUGGGCUUGUUUCUCAGGAGCUGAUGCUUCAAUUUCUUUUCUGUUAGCUUGGAAUGCUGAUGUGAAUGCUUAAGAUUAAAACGGAUUAACACCACUUCACCUUGCAAUUAAACAAGCAGACGAUACUAAGAGCACCAGAGCGAUUAGGCAUUUGUUAGUAAAAGGAGCAAAUAGAAAUCAAGAAGAUAAACUUGGUAGAACUCCUCUUACUAUAGCAAAAGAAAUAAGAGAUCCAGAAUUUAGAGACCAGAUAAUCUCAUUCUUAGAAGAGAAAAACAAUUGUUAAUGCUUUAUGGUGAAAACUCCUUUAAAAAGAAUUAAAAAAAGUAGAGCAACAGUGAUUAUGUACCUAUUUCUAAUUUUAUUCAGCUACGCUGUUAGUUGGCUUUACUUCAAUAUUGAAAUUCAUAUGCCUUACACGUUGGACAAAGCAAUUCAUAUACUUUUUGGACUUUAGUUAUUUUUCUUUCUGAUUUCUUGGCAGAGAGAUCCUGGUUAUCUGAAGUAAGACAAAUCUAUCAAUUUCUCAACUACUAUCGAGAAAAUUCAACAUCAUUACCUCUGUCCUGAUUGCGAAGUUAUAAGAACAGAUAGAAGUAGGCAUUGCAAUAUUUGCAAUCGCUGUGUAGAUAGAUUUGAUCAUCACUGCCCUUGGAUUAAUAAUUGCAUUGGUGUUAAUAACCAUGCUUAUUUUUACAUGUAUGUAGUUUUUACAACUGCUUACAUUUUCGCUACCAUUUACUUGAAUCUGAUAGUCAUUUGGCAUGGAAUCUUUUAAGGCGAGUAUAUGCAUGAGGACCCUCUAAUUCCAUUUGGUAACUACGAAUUUAGAGAAUUUAUCUAAGAUGUUAUAGACGAUUAUAAUUAAGAAAUAAUUCUUAGUCUAGCCCUUUUUAUGGUUGGACUUGGACUCUUCUUUUUAUUCCCAUUGAUAGUACUAGGGUUUGUCUAAACCAAAAACUUAUUGACAAAUCAAACUACCAGUGAGAGAUUCUCAAACAGAAGACCCUCCACCCACCAAAAUAAGUAAUUAGCAAAUGGUCAAUAAUCAUAAACUGAUUCUAAUGCCAUUAAAUCUUCUUCAUAAACAUCCUCUGAAACGUUUAAUAGAAGAAGAGGAUUCUUGAUAUCAAAUAUAGCUAACUGCUAUGACAUGUGUUGUACAUCAUAGAGGGACACUUAAAUAAUGCUUCUAGAAAAAAGAAGGAUAAGUAUUCCCACUAGCUAUGACAAACCUUGA